AUGAUCCGCCUACUUUCUGUAGUUAUUGUCUUUUUAACAUUCAUCUAUGCAAUUGAAUGUUCACCUAUAAAAAGUCCUAAAGCAUGUUCGCCUGUUAAAUGUCCAGGUAAACCAAAAAAAUGUCCAUAUGGUUAUCAAAAAAAAGAUGGUUGUGAAAUUUGUCGAUGUAAUGAUCCAUGUAAUCCACCUGGAAAACCAAUACAUUGUGGAUCUAAACAACGAUGUUUUGUUGAGAAGAAACCUGAUGGAACAUUUGAAGGUCGUUGUGGUGACUCAUCAAAGACAAGUCAAAAAGGAAAAAAAA